UUGUUAUGGGCGCUAUGUAAAUAAAAUUGAAUUGAACUGAACUGGUCGGCCAGUGGAUUCAAACCCAGAACCUUCUCACUGUGAGUCCUCAGUUUGGUGCUAACCAACUGAGGACUAAAUUAAUUUAUUCAAGUGAUCAUUUCUAAUAGUGGUCACUGCUGUUGAGCAGGUGGUCUUUAAUGGGGCCCAGGACUCAUUGUGUGUUCACACUAACCAAAGGAAUGAGGUCAGAUGUGUCCCAGACCACCUCCAAAUGUGGACUGAGACCAGAUAGGGGUUCACACCUGGACUUAAAGCUGGACUCUUGUAAUUGGAUGUUAAUGGAAGAUCUGAAGAGGGCCUUGGACAAGGAAACUUCUCAUGGAGUGCUCUUAACUUGCCGGAAUACUGGGCGUCUUAGGGUGUCCAGGCCUUUUUUGCGUCGCAGCGCUCUGUUGGUUUGGUCUAGGUUUGUUUUUACACCCCCAGUAUUAACAUUGUCCCGUUUCACUCCGUGAACACAAGUUCAUAGUAAAGGUUUCCAAAUACAAAUGCCACACUUGCCUCCAGACAUUUACCUGCUUAACUCAUGACGAAUGAAUGACUGAAACAACUUUUGAGUCGAGAGUUGCUGAGAACAGUUUCUACACUUUUCCUCCAGUUUGGAUGAUAACAAUUAAAGCUAGAGUUCUGCAUUAUUAUAUAAUUACAACUAAAUGGAAUUGUUUUUUCUUUGGAGGUCUCAAAUGUGCAGCUAUUGAUGGUAGAAAAUACUAAUUUACUGAUCUUGAUUCAUCCGGUCAAAGGAAGCCCAAAAGAGUUCCUCAUCUUUAGUUUCAUUCUUGGGCCACCAGUAACCCUGAUAACCCUGUCUCACACACGGUUCGCAGUUCAGCUAGAGGAAGAGUGCAUGUUUCAUCUGAUAAGGUUUAAUCUUUCUGAGAACUGAGCAUCAGGCUGCUGCUGAGAGGAGGUGAAGGACUAGGCUGUCCAGUUGUAUCAGUUUCUCCUCCUCAGGUAAACAAGCAUGGAGAGCUUUGGGAUGAAAUUACAAAGUCUGCUGAAGAAAACUGAAACUCUUUUCAGUUUUUUUAGAUUUAGAGGUGAAACGGCUCAGAAAGAAGUUGAGCUGAAUCGAGAAACCUUUUCUUGUUCCAUCUGUCUGGAUCUACUGAAGGAUCCGGUGACUAUUCCCUGUGGACACAGCUACUGCAAGAACUGUAUUAAAAGCCACUUUGAUGAAGAGGACAAGAAGAAAACCCACAGCUGUCCUGACUGCAGACAACUCUUCACAUCGAGGCCUGUCCUGGUGAAAAACACCAUGUUAGCAGAGUUAGUGGAGCAGCUGGAGAAGAAGGGAUUCCAAGCUGCCCCUGAUGAUCACUGCUAUGCUGAACCUGAAGAUGUGGCCUGUGAUUUCUGCACUGGAAGAAAACUGAAAGCCUUCAAGUCCUGUUUAUUCUGUCUGGCAUCUUACUGUGAGAAACACCUUGAACCUCACUAUAAGUCACCUACAUUUAAACAACACAAGCUGGUGGAUCCCUCGAAGAAGCUCCAGGAGAACAUCUGCUCUCAUCAUGGUGAGGUGAUGAAGAUGUUCUGUCGUACUGAUCAGCAGAGUAUCUGUUAUCUCUGCCCUGUGGAUGAACAUAAAGGCCACGACACAGUCUCAGCUGCAGCAGAAAGGACUGAGAGGCAGAGAGAGGUGGAGGUGAGACGACAAAACAUCCAGCAGAUGAUCCAGGACAAAGAGAAAGAUGUGAAGCUGCUUCAACAGGAGCUGAAGGCUGUCGCUCACUCUGCUGAUAAAACAGUGAAGGACAGUCAGGAGAUGUUCACUGAGAUGAUCCGUCUCCUCCAGGAAAGAAGCUCUGAUGUGGAGCAGCAGGUCAGAUCCCAGCAGGAAACUGAAGAGAGUCGAGUCAAAGAGGUUCAGGAGAAGCUGCAGCAGGAGAUCACUGAGCUGAAGAUGGAAGACGCUGAGCUGAAACAACUCUCAGACACAGAGGAUCACAACCAGUUUCUACACAACUACCCCUCACUGUCACCACUCAGUCAAUCUACACCUCCAUCCAGCAUCAUAUCUGUCUCUGAGUACUUUGAGGACGUGAAAACAGCUCCCCAACUUGGAGUUGAGGAUGCUAUCAUCUUCCUGCUCAACCACAUCUACACCUACCUGGAUAAGACGGAGAGCACUGUGAGAGUCAUGUUUUUCGACUUCUCCAGUGCUUUCAACACCAUCCGUCCGGCUCUACUGGUGGUUGGAUGUAUCAGCAAGGGUGAUGAGGUGGAGUACAGGGCUAUUGUGGACAACUUUGUCACAUUGUGCAAGCAGAAUCAUCUACAGCUCAGUGUGACAAAGACAAGGGAACUGGUGGUGGACCUGAGGAGGACCAAGAUCAGAGCUCAGACUAGUGUCACUUCUAAGAAAGAGAAACUCACUGAAUCACUGACACUGAGAGCUGAAAUGGCGCAGAGAGGAGUUGAGCUGGAUGAAGAAACAAUCAGCUGUUCCAUCUGUCUGGAUUUACUGAAGGAUCCGGUGACUAUUCCCUGUGGACACAGCUACUGCAAGAACUGUAUUAAAGGCCACUUUGAUGAACAGGAUGCAAAGCAAGUCAUUCACAGCUGCCCUCAGUGCAGACAACUCUUCACAUCGAGGCCUGUCCUGGUGAAAAGCACUAUGUUGGCAAAUGUAGUGGAGAAGCUAGAGAAGACUGGACUCCAAGCUGCUCCUGAUGAUCACUGCUAUGCUGGACCUGAAGAUGUGGCCUGUGAUUUCUGCACUGGAAGAAAACUGAAAGCCUUCAAGUCCUGUUUAUUCUGUCUAGUAUCUUACUGUGAGAAACACCUUCAGCCUCAUUAUGAUGUAGCUCCUUUAAAGAAACACAAGCUGGUGGAUCCCUCCAAGAAGCUCCAGGAGAACAUCUGUUCUCGUCAUGAUGAGGUGAUGAAGAUGUUCUGUCGUACUGAUCAGCAGAGUAUCUGUUAUCUCUGCUCUGUGGAUGAACAUAAAGGCCAUGACAUAGUCUCAGCUGCAGCAGAAAGGACAGAGAGGCAGAGAGAGGUGGACGUGAGACGACAAAACAUCCAGCAGAUGAUCCAGGACAAAGAGAAAGAUGUGAAGCUGCUUCAACAGGAGCUGAAGGCCAUCGCUCACUCUGCUGAUAAAACAGUGAAGGACAGUCAGGAGAUCUUCACUGAGAUGAUCCGUCUCCUCCAGGAAAGAAGCUCUGAUGUGGAGCAGCAGGUCAGAUCCCAGCAGGAAACUGAAGAGAGUGGAGUGAAAGAGGUUCAGGAGAAGCUGCAGCAGGAGAUCACUGAGCUGAAGAUGGAAGACGCUGAGCUGAAGCAACUCUCAGACACAGAGGAUCACAACCAGUUUCUACACAACUACCCCUCACUGUCACCACUUAGUCAAUCUACACACUCAUCCAGCAUCAAUAUCUGUCCUCUGAGAAACUUUGAGGACGUGAAAGCAGCUGUGAUAGAGCUCAGAAAGAAACUAGAGGACAUUCUGAGAGAGACAAGGACAAACAUCUCACUGACAGUGACUGAAGUGGAUGUUUUACUGCCACAACCAGAGCCAAAGACCAGAGAUGAAUUCUUAAAGUAUUCAUGUGAAAUCACACUGGAUCAAAACACAGCACACAAGAAGCUGGUACUGUCUGAGAGAAACAGAAAAGUAACAGUCAUGAUGAUGGAACUGGCUUAUCCUGAUCAUCCAGAUAGAUUCACUGCCAAUGGUCAGGUCCUGAGUAGAGAAAGUCUGACUGGACGUUGUUACUGGGAGGUGGAGAAAGGAGUGGGAGGAAUUUCAGUGGCAGUUGCAUACAAAGAUAAUAAUUCGGAAAAUGAAAAAUUUGGAGAAAAUGACAAGUCUUGGGCAUUGGGUUUUUACAAGAGUCGUUACAAUUUCAGACAUAACAACAUCCAAACUCCUGUCUCAGGUCCUCCUUCUUCCAGAGUAGGAGUGUACCUGGAUCACAGAGCAGGUAUUCUGUCCUUCUACAGCAUCUCUGAAACCAUGACUCUCCUCCACAGAGUCCAGACCACAUUCACUCAGCCGCUCUAUGCUGGACUCUGGAUCAACGGCCCGGUUGGAAACACUGCUAAACUGGGUGAGCUUGAACAGAAGAUAUGAAGAAUACCCGAUCUGAGUCUGUACAGCUGGAAAUAACUUUAACACACUGAAUUGUGCAAUAUGAUGUUAAAUCAUCAGCACGGCAACUGCAGAAAAAAUGGAGAAAGUGAACUCAGGACCUUUGCUGAAGGAAUUAAGUUAAUAUCAUUCCUGAUUGUCAAAGAGAAAAGUCUAAUUUGUGCUGAGAUUCUGUAUAUGUUCAAUGGUAAGAUGUUAAAUUUGAAUAAUCUUUAGAUCUGUGUUUAGUCUGACUUCCAUCUUCAUCAUCUUCAUUUGCAGACAUUGUGUCGUCAACUAGAGGUCGGCCUUCACAAAGAUGUUAUUCUAUCCUACAUUGCAUUAUUCUAUCUGUAAAUUCACUACUGGGGCAGUGAUGAAGAACAUACUUUGUGUUAUUUUGGUAAAAUAAUAAAAUGUAUAAAAUAAUAUGAUAAAAUAAAUUAGAUGUUUAUUUCAAGCGUCCACAAACUUUUGGCAGAUUUAGAAGUUUGCAGCAUUAAUUGUUUUUCCACUAACAAAAUAUGUAAAUUAACUCAAAUUGCAAAUUUAAUUCCUAUAGUCCUUUGAUUUUAAUUUCUUGAUAUUUUGUGAUGCUAAUAUGUAAAUGCUGAAUUCUAGGCACAUUUAUCAUAUUUCAAACAGUAAAUUAGACGCUGCCUGUGUGGUGGUGGUGGUAAUUUGUAAAGUUAAAUCACAAACUCAAGAACUAAUGGUUGGACAAUGUAGUUUGUUUGUAAAGAUUUAAAAAUAGUUUUUCCUAUUGAUACUCUGUUUUCUUAAUUACAUUGGAUCAAAAAGUUUUGUAAUUUAUCUGCCCCAGAUUAUGAAAUGUUUUAAUAACUAUACAAAUGCAC